AUGUCGGAGCAAUCACCAAAAACACACAUCGUCGAUACUGAACUCGCCCGGUUGCUGUACAAACUUCAAGUACAGCUCGUCCAGCUUACGUUGGCUAUGACAUUCGCGGUCGUGUUUUCGGUCUGGAUGGUUUGUCAAGUAGAUCUCGACCCCAGCAAGGGCGAUGUUCUUGAUGACACAAUCUAUAUCAUUGUCAUGGUUGGUCUUGCCAUGAACAUCGGCCACAUCAUCCCAAAGCUGUGGGCAGCCAAGCUCACCACAGAGUGCGCCAUCCAAGAUAUUGCUGAGCGCAAUCCUAUCGAGCAUGAGAACCGUCAUCAAGAAGUCAUAUCCGUCAUGAGCACCACUCACCCAACACUCAUCGAUUGCGCAAACCAGGAGCAUGAGUGGGAAGUGAAAGAUCUCGAGGCGCAACUGAACAAACUCCAGCGACGCAUUGUGGAGCUGGAGAGCGAUCAUAGGAUUCAAUCAUCCGAACUACAACACUAUAUUGAAGCUCAACAAGGAUGA